AUGGCUGCCCUCUACUCGGUUACCGUGCAGGACAUCAACGCUCACGACUUCAACCGUGCUUACGCCGCUUACCUCAAGCGCUCCGGCAAGCUCGAGAUCCCCAAGUGGGUCGAUCUUGUCAAGACCGGCACCAGCAAGGAGUUGGCUCCUUAUGAUCCCGACUGGUUCUACGUCCGCGCUGCUUCCGUUGCCCGCCACAUCUACCUCCGCCGCGGCGUCGGUGUCGGUGCCCUCAAGAAGCUCCACGGUGGCACCUGCAACCGCGGUUCCCGCCCCUCCCACCACGUCAAGUCCUCCGGCUCCAUUGCUCGCAAGGUCCUCCAGGCCUUGGAGAAGAUUAACGUCUUGGAGGCUGAUGAGAACGGUGGACGCAAGAUCACCGUCGAUGGUCAGCGUGAUUUGGACCGCAUUGCUGCCUCCGUUCACCAGGCUCGCGCUUAA